AAGUGGAAGGUGCCACUGCAAGCCUAAGGCACCAUCGGCGUGCCUUCCAGUGCCGAUGACGGCCAGCAAGAAAUUGUCAAACACUGCAACUCUGAGGUAGUGUUGAUUUUUCCCAGAGAUCAACGUUGUGCCCUACUAGCUCUGUCAAUACAGCCUUGUGAAACCCUCCCCACUGUCUGUUCGUCAUCCACGAAAAUGGAUGCCAUGUUGCCCGCAGUGGGCACCUCGAAGAAAGUACUAUUGCUUGGCGCUGGUUUCGUCACGCGACCCACGGCCGUCGAGCUCGACAAGGCUGGACUCAAGGUUACAGUCGCUUGCCGAACACUAGACAGUGCGAAGAAGCUUUGCGAAGGCUUGCAGCAUGCCAAUGCUAUCUCCCUGGACGUGUCCGACUCCCGUGCUCUGGAAUAUGAGAUCAGCAAGGUCGGCCUGGUGAUCUCGCUGAUACCCUACACCUUCCAUGCUCAAGUCAUUAGAGCAGCCAUCAACCAGAAGAAGCACGUUGUUACGACCUCCUACGUCUCCGAAGCAAUGAUGGCGCUUGACAAAGAAGCCAAAGAAGCAGGUAUUACUGUGUUUAACGAGAUCGGUCUGGAUCCUGGCCUCGACCAUCUGUAUGCUGUCAAGACUAUCUCCGAAGUCCACAAAGAGGGUGGCAGAAUUAUCAGUUUCUUGUCUUACUGCGGUGGCCUUCCUGCGCCCGAAAACUCCGACAACCCCCUCGGCUACAAGUUCUCAUGGUCUCCUCGUGGCGUGCUUCUUGCGGCACGAAACACCGCCCGUUUCUAUAAGGAGGGGAAGGCGGAGACAACGCCAGGCGAGAAGCUGAUGAGCACUGCUCGGCCGUACCUUAUCUACCCCGGCUAUGCAUUUGAAGCAUAUCCCAACAGAGACAGCACGCCCUUCCGGGAGCGAUACAACAUCCCAGAAGCGCAGACUGUCAUCAGAGGCACACUUCGGUAUCAAGGUAACCCAGCUUUCGUGCAGGCGCUGCGCGACAUAGGCAUGCUAAACGAAGAGGAGCAAUCCUUCCUUAAAGCAGCAGAUGAGGAAGCUCUGCCAUCAUGGAGAGAAGCCUUUGCCAAAAUCGUGGGAUCGUCUUCAAGCUCAGAAAACGACUUGGUAUGGGCUGUUGGCUCGAAGACUACGUUCGACAACAAUGAGGAGAAGGACCGCAUCAUCGCUGGUCUUCGUUGGGUCGGGUUGUUCUCAGAUGAGAAAGUGCCAUCACGAGGCAAUCCGCUUGACUGUCUGUGCGCAACGCUGGAGAAGAAGAUGCAGUACGAGCCCGGAGAGAGGGACUUCGUGAUGCUGCAGCACAAGUUCGAAAUCGAGUGGCCUGGUGGGAAGCGCGAGACGCGCACGUCCACUCUUUGUGAAUACGGCGAGCCAGAAGGUAGCGGUGGAUAUAGCGCGAUGGCCAAACUCGUGGGCGUGCCGUGUGCGGUUGCGGUGCUGAUGGUGUUGAAUGGAGAGAUCAAGGAGAAAGGUAUCCUUGCACCAGUGACACCGGAGCUCGCAGAGCCCAUCAGGGUGAAGCUGCAGAAGGAAUACGGCAUUGAGCUGAUAGAGAAAACGUUGGCAUAAGUCGAGCGCCGAAACGUUGCGAGUCUAGUCGUUCAGCAAGCCCUCCGGUUUUGGAGGCGUGUCAGAAUUGCAUGGCACCGCAUGAGGGAAGGUGGUUAUCAGAAAUCCAUGCUCAAACCUCGCAUGGCAUUGAAGGAUGCGGUUCAGUCUUUCUCCGAUAUCCCAAAGUCACCCAUUACCUCGCUCACCCUCACCCCACGCUGCUCAGCGACAAGACCUAUCAAGCCUUGGCCGAUAUCCUUGAUCUCAUUGU